CACCGACUACCAGAGGGGGGGGUUGGUAGUAGUAUAGGUCUCUAGGGGGGCUACGCCGACGAUUAAGAACAGCUGUAGUUGACGAUGAUCUUGAUCCCUGUCACUGGCUGUGAAUGACGUUCAACCCCACUGAAGCUCCUCUCGCUCAAUUCAGCACAAACGGAACUUAGAUGCCAUCUUCUACCACAACAACCACUUCCUUUGCGACUACAAUUCCACUCCUCCUUUUACUCCUUUUAGCAUUCUUCCCCAAUCUAUUCCACCUCCUUUGGUCUGUUCCCCUGUACCUCCUAACGCCAACGACUUACCUGCCAAAAUCAUCCCACAACCCGGCAUCACCACCCUGCCCAUCGAACUGUAUCCUUCAAUCACCAAACAUGUCUUGGUUCCAGAAAUCACUCACCCUGCCCUCGAAAUCACGAGGUAGCUACCUCGUCACCGACACAAUCGUCAAGGACCUCCCCGAGAUCAAGAACUAUAAAGUUGGGCUGCUGAAUCUCUUCAUUCAGCAUACGUCUUGUGCGCUCAGUUUGAAUGAGAAUUGGGAUGAGGAUGUCAGAGAAGAUAUGAGUAAUGCGCUGGACAGGAUUGCACCAGAGGACAGGAAAGGUAGUUUAUAUAGGCAUAGUGCUGAGGGGCCAGAUGAUAUGCCUGCACAUAUCAAGAGUGCGUUGAUUGGGGCAAGUGUUACUAUUCCCAUCAAGGAUGGCAAGCUGGCUACGGGGACAUGGCAGGGUAUCUGGUAUCUGGAGUUUAGAGCAAGUAAACACCAGCGGAAAGUAGUGGCUACCAUUCAGGGAGAGAAGAUGUGAUGAUACGAGGGGUUGGGAGAUUUGAGUAUCUUGAAGGGAAUAUCGUCUGGAGUUGGUGGCCUGGUUAUUAUGGCACACGCGGUG